AUGGAGUACGAUCCCAAAGUCCCAACCUACCAGACGUCCGACCCCACGUCCUUUGCUCACAAAUCUGCACGGGAGCGAUGGCCGGCCAUAGUCACAGGCGCCAUAGACGAUGUGCACCGGACCGUCUCUCAGCUGGCAGACUCGGAAAAAGAUGCCUUGGCCGAGGGUAAAUCCAUCAUCUCAACACUAGGGUCGUUGAAGUACGAGCUGCAACAUAAUCGGACUUUGUCACCAAUCCCCGACGACGGGUUCCCGGACGUUGAGGGAUACAACCAGGAGCUGGCGGCGCGGGGACCGCCGACGUGGCACAAUGUUGAGUGGCUGUUCUCGGAAUGCUACCUGUACCGGCGGAUGGCGACGCUGUUCUCGACGGCCAAGACCAAGUUCUGGCGGCACUACGACCCGUUCCAGCGGCAGAAGAUGGAGACGUUCAAAUCGUCGCGGCCGGCGGUGCUGGAGCUGGCGGCCGAGUACCGCGGGAUCAUGACGCAGAUCCGGUCGUCCAAGGCCCAGGCGCCCGUCGCCGAGGGGGUGACGGACCCCCAGCAGAUCGACGAGGCCGAGAAGCUGCUGUUCGUCGAGAUGGCCGAGAUCUGCCUGUGGGGGAACGCGACCGACCUGUCCCUGCUCACCAGCCUGACGUACGAGGACAUCCAGAAGCUGCAGGGCAGCAGCGCGCGCAAGGAGUCGGAGAAGAACAUCCUGGUCAACGACCUGGGCCGGGCGUUUCAGGUGCUCAACGCCGCCCACCGCGCCGGCAAGGCCCAGCGUCGCGUCGACAUCGUGCUGGACAACGCGGGCUUCGAGCUCUUCGUCGACCUCGUGCUGGCGGGGUACCUGCUGGCCACGGGCCUGGCGACCGAGGUCGUCCUGCACCCCAAGGACAUUCCGUGGUUCGUCAGCGACGUCGUGCCCAAGGACUUCCAAGCCCUGCUGCAAGCCAUGGCGGACCCGAAAGCGUUUUACGAGAAGAUCGACAACAACCACAACCACAGCCACGGUACCGGCGUAUCAUCGCCGGCGCCACUGUCCGACGAAGAGGCUGCCAACAUCAAAUUCCUCUUCGACGACUGGAGCGACCUGCACAGCGAGGGCAGAUUGAUCCUCCGGCCGAACCGGUUCUGGACCCACGCGGGCAGCUUCUGGCGCAUGCCGCACGUGGCGCCGAGUUUGGUCGAGGAUCUCAAGGAGAGCGAACUGGUGAUUUUCAAGGGAGAUUUGAAUUACAGAAAGUUGACUGGAGAUGCUGCCUGGCCCGCCACCACGCCCUUCACGGAAGCCAUCGGCCCACUCGGUCCGUCGUCGGGCCUCAGAGUGCUCGCGCUGCGGACAUGCAAGGCCGACGUCGUGGUCGGGUUGCCUGAAGGCAAGGACGAAGAGAUCCGCGCGACCGAGGGCGGCGGCGGCGAUUCCGGAGCGAGGAAGUGGGCGUGGAGUGGGAAGUGGGCCGUCGUGCAGUUCUCGGAUGGCAAGGCUUGA